AUGUCUGCACCAAAUGAGAUAAUCAUUGCACCAUCAAUCAACAACAGGGUGAAAUGGUGCUGGUUAUGGCGCAUGACGUUGAGCACUCAUUACCCUUUAUCGCUCUCCCUUAUCAUAUCAGUUCUGCAGUGGGUUGACGAUGUCCUCGCUAUACUGCUCGCCCUCACGGCUCGGCCGGAUGAGCUGGAGGUCGCCAUGAUCUCGGUGACAUAUGGCAAUGUGUCUUUGCAAAGGUGUCUGCGCAACGCUGUCGCACUAUUCCACGUGCUGGAAAAGGAAAAUGCCUGGCGCAAAUCAUCGGGCAAGCCCGAGGGGUUUGAGGCCUUGAAGACUUCCAAGCCCAUCGUCGCGGUUGGCGCCGAGCACCCCCUGCAGGAAGACAUCCUCAAGGCUGAUGACUUCCAUGGCUCUGAUGGCUUGCAUGGUGUCCAUGAGGCUCACCCGGAUCUCACCCCAGCAGAUACAUGGAGUUCGCUUUUCGCCAGUGAUGGAACCCACGGGGAAACAGGCUCUGCUGAGCCGCCUGCAUUUUCCCCCUACUUCACACCUUCAAAGACUCCUGCUCACAAGGAGAUGCUUCGAAUUCUCAAAGAGAGUCCCGAAGACACCGUUACAAUCGUUGCUGUUGGACCCCUGACCAAUGUGGCCCUCGCCGCAGCCGAGGAUCCGCAGACCUUCUUGCGCGUGAAGGAGCUCGUGGUCAUGGGCGGCGCUGUCCAUGUGGAAGGUAAUAUCACACCCGUGGGCGAGUUCAAUUGCUUCGCAGAUACAGUGGCCGCCGCCAGAGUUUAUGCCCUGACCUCCCCCACGCCUUCUUCUACCAUGCCUCCGUUCAUUGAGGGCAAGUCCACAUUAGGGCCCUAUCCGGACAAGUUGCCCAAGAGGCUCCUGCUUAGUCUCUUCCCACUCGACAUCACAACACCGCAUCUUCUCAACAAGAGCUACUUCGCGCAGACCAUCCAGCCAUUGAUGGACGCAGGUAGUCCUCUGGCUCGAUGGAUAGCGACUUUCAUGUUCGGGACCUUCAACAAGAUCGACUCCAUGGUUGGUGACGGCAGUGAGCCGGGGCUGUCCCUUCAUGACCCGCUCACUAUCUGGUACAUGCUGACACGUGACGAUCCUGCUUGGAAGGCAGUCCCGAAACCUGAGGACAUCCGAAUCGAGACCGCUGGACAGUGGACGCUAGGCAUGCAUGUCAUUGACCGCCGGAACAGGAGCAAGCCGGGUGAGCAGCAGGACGGCAAGGUCAAAACCAAUCCUGAGGACCCAAUGGAUGCCGUGGAGUUUGAUGAUGUGCCCAACGACAAUAUGAGCUGGUUGAGUGUCAAGAAGGGAAACAGGAUCAAUCGCAUUGUUGAGUCGCCCGGUGAAGAUGCAUUCGCGCCAUACCUAAUGAAACGUCUCUUUGGGUAG